AAUAACUUUUUUUUUUUUUUUUUUUUUUUUGAGACGGAGUCUCGCUCUGUCGCCCAGGCUGGAGUGCAGUGGCACAAUCUGGGCUCACUGCAAGCUCCGCCUCCUGGGUUCACGCCAUUCUUCUGCCUCAGCCUCUCCGAAUAGCUGGGACUACAGGCGCCCGCCACCACGCCCGGCUAAUUUUUUUGUAUUUUUUAGUAGAGACGGGGUUUCACCGUGGUCUCGAUCUCCUGACCUCGUGAUCCGCGCGCCUCGGCCUCCCAAAGUGCUGGGAUUACAAGCGUGAGCCACCGCGCCCAGCCCAUAAAUAACUUUUAAUAGGCUCUUCUGGCUUUUUCUUUUAGUAACUCAGCCCAUUUUCUUCUUCUCAGUCUUUGCUCUUUGUUAAUGUUGAUAACACUGUCUUACUUUUAAAUUGCCUUGAUUAGAAAUUACUAGAGAUACAUAAACCUAGUGUUUUGGGGGAUUUUGAAAGCAUCAUAGUAUUCUUACUGUCUUCCAAAAUCUACCUUACAUUUGAACAUUGGAAGAUACGUGUUGCUGAAUACAAAUUAGUUUCAUACACAACACAUACACAUAGCCACAUACAUACACAUAGCCACACAUAACAAAUUCACACACAGUUCUUUUCAGAUAAAAAUAUUUAGCGGUAUUAAGACACAAAUCACCAUAGGAAAUGUCAUUAAAUAGAUAUGAAAAAGUCAUGAAGAUAAAUUAGCUGUCACCAAUGAAGUUAAUGAUUAAUUUGGAAAUGGGUUUUUUCCUCCUGAUGCUUUCAUCUUUUGACUGAUUUUCACUGCUCUGUAAAUGAUGAGUGAGAGAAGAGGAGGAGGGAGAGAAUGUGUGUAUGUUUGUACAUUUGGUACAUAAUACUGGUUUCAUUGCUUUUAAGACAGAAGAAUAUUAAUUUGCCCUGUAUAUUCAAUUUGAAAUAAAAAUUUCCAAUCUGUUAUGGAUUACCUUAUAUAUUAUAUUCCUUGUUAUUAUCAUGAAAAUUUAAGUUUUAGACUUUUCUGAAUGUAUUUAAAGUUAUUUGAUCUUAUUUUUUAUUUAUUUAUUUAUUUAUUUUUGAGACGGGGUCUUGCUCUUUCGCCCAGCCCGGAGUGCAGUGGCGCAAUCUCGGCUCACUGCAAGCUCCGCCUCCCGGGUUCACGCCAUUCUCCUGCCUCAGCCCCCCGAGUCGCUGGGACUACAGGCCCCCGCCGCUGCACCCGGCUAAUUUUUUGUAUUUUUAGUAGAGACGGGGUUUCACCGUGUUAAGCAGGAUGGUCUCGAUCUCCUGACCUCGUGAUCUGCCCGCCUCGGCCUCCCAAAGUGCUGGGAUUACAGGCAUGAGCCACUGCGCCCGACCAUAUUUGAUCUUAUUAAUAAGGUCAAAUUAUUUUUUAUAACGUAGACUUACAUUUGAAACAUAGAUGCUGUAUGAACCUCCUUUUGGGAGUUUCUGUGUAUAUUGAAAUAGGUGAUAAGAUUUGCAAGGAACUUUGGUUCAUUCAGUAGGGAGCCCAGUUUUAAAUUUUACUUUUCUUUCACUUAAUUAAAUUUUUGUCAUUGAUAUAUGCAAAGUUCAGAUUUGUGUAGACUUUCGGGGUACUGAAUUUGUUUCCUGUUCUUUCAGUCCUGGGAAGGAAUGUCCUUUUCUCCUCUUAGGUCACACGUGACCUUUCCCGGUCCCUGUCUGCAGUCUCUUUCCUGCAGGGAGCUGUCUCCCCUUCAUGUAGCCACUGUCCUGAGCUUUAACCAAGCAUCUGUAAGCACUUCACCUGGACUCUUAAUGCCUCACAUGGGAAAUGAUUAUUGUAAACUGUUUUGGUAAUGCUGUUUGGUAGCCAGCAUUUUAAUUUUAGUCUAUUGUAAAUUGAUACAAAUAUUUGAAUAUUUUGUUCAUUUUGCCGUUUUACAAAAAUAGAGGAGAAAGGGGAAAUUGAGAGGAACAAUAUUAGUGAUGAAAAUAUCUAUAUCUGAAAAAUGUAAAGAUAUGAAACACUUGGGGAAGAUGAAUGCAGAAAAUCUUUUGUCUUAAAUUGGCUAUUCAUUACCCCUUAGCAAGAAAGUAAAUCCCCAUUGAGCAUUAUGUUUUAGAAUGGAAAAUGUAAAUUAAGCCUUUGUUUUCCAUCAUCAUUCUCAUCGUCUUUGUCUUUUUCGUGCUCUCUGGUGGCAGAACCCCACCCAGCUCCCACUGAUUUCAGCUUUUGCUCUUUGGUUUUAUACAUGCUUUUAGAAAUACCCAUAUGUGAAUGGAGUAUCACCCAGAGUCUCAACAUUCUCAUCACCUUCAGUGGUUAUAGGAUUGUAGUCUGCUGGGGUUAGUUGGAUCUGGGUUUGAAUUCUGGUGCCAUCACUUCUAGCUUUGUCACCUGAGCAAUUCAUUUGACUUUUCUGCUUGUUUUGCUGGAAAUGGGAGUCAAGGCUCCUUCCUCACAGGGUCAUUGUCAGGAUCACUAGAGAUCAUGUACUACAGUGCCUCAGUGAAUAGUGGUGGUUUUUGUUGUGAAUGGUUACUCUGGCUUGAGGUUGUGUGCUAGCUGCUUGGAGUGAAGGGCGCAAGCCCCUGGGAGCAGGUCUCUUCUGCGAGUGGAGCCCAGGUGGAGAGGUGGCCCCAGGGAGGUGCUCUGCAUGCACGCAGUUGCAGUGUUGAAAAGGAUGGCUCACUUCCAGUCCAAUGGGUUCUGUUCAUGGGUUGAAACUUUCAGAGGCUGAGGAUUUGACUUCAAUUUACUAUAUUUCUGGCAAAUGCAUUCCAGGUUCCCAACAAUGUGACCUAGUGAUGGACUUGAGUAGUAUAAUGAGUAGUAUAACUUAUUUAUAAAUUAUUACCUCAGUGGACACUGAGUAAAGAUGUAUCUUGUUGUUUAUAUCUCAGGAGAUUUGUGUUUGUGUGUAUGUGUCGACAAAGUUAUCCACAAAAUAUUCCAUAUGAAUGCAAAUCGCAGUUCAAAAUCAGUCUGUUAGUCUGGGCUUAACUUGUCCCCCUUUCAGCCCCAGGAUUGGUUGUGGUGGUUCCCUGUUCAGCCAUGUUGCAUUUGUACUGCAGGCUCUCCCCGUGAGUGCUGGUAUCUGUCUUAAGACAACCAGCUGGAGGAGGGAGUGCAGUCUGGGUUCAGAACACGCAGCAGAACUCACUGUUUAAGCUACUGAACACGUAGUAGACAUGGCGAGCCACAGUUAUUUGCGUUUACUGAAAAGAGAUGUCACAAAAACAUUUAAGGCCUCCUAAUACAAGAAUUGCUGUACAUCUAAUACCUGUAGUUACCCAAGAGCCAAGCCACUUAACCAUUUUCAACCUUAUUCCAAUGGUACUAGCUUAUAGCUGUUAAUCUAGAACUCUAGAUGUUAGACUUGAUGCAUACGAGCUUUAUAUGGCCAGGGGAACUUAGACUCUGGAACAUUUAUUAAAAUAGAAGUUUAAAAGCAUACUUCAGUAUUAUGUCCCAAUUUUCUAAAGAGAAGACACUGUCUAGUAACUUAGAAGGCUCAAUAAUUUCUAUUUGUUUUCUUCUGUCUAUUUCUUAUUCUAUAAUGCUUUUUUUUUUUUUUUUUUUGCGUUGACUGGUAUCAGGUAAGCCAGCAUUAGAUUAAAGCAAUUCAGACUUGAAAAUUAAUGUUUACCUUUUCUGUGUCAAUUAGUAAACUAUAGAAUGUAGAAUUUAUAUUUAAUUAUUAAGAAUAAAAGCUUUGACUUUGUUUUUUUUGUUUUUUUUUUUGUUUUUUUUUUUUGAGACGGAGUCUCACUCUGUUGCCCAGACUGGAGUGCAAUGGCACGAUCUUGGCUCAGUGCAGCCUCUGCCUUCUGGGUUCAGGCAAUUCUCCUGCCUCAGCCUCCCGAGUAGCUGGGAUUACAGGUACCCACCACCACACUCGGCCAAUUUUUUGUGUUUUUUAGUAGAGACGGAGUUUCACCAUGUUUACCAGGCUAGUCUUGAACUCCUCACCUCAAGUGAUCCACCUGCCUUGGCCUCCCAAAGUGCUGGGAUUACAGGCAUGAGCCACUGUGCCCAGCCAAGCUUUGACUUUUUAAAUAAAAAAUUUUUAAUCAAAAAUUGCUUUUGAUUUUUGUCUUUUAAAAAGUUUGGCAUUUCACUCUCUUCUGUCACACUUGAAAUGUACUUUAUUUAACCAAGAUUACUGAGUCUGCUGUGAUGUUGCAAAUUUUGGAAUAGUAAAAACAAUUUGUUCAAAACUAUUUUAAUCCUAUUUCAUUAAUACUGCCAAAUUUUUAUGAUUAGUAACCAGCACUCAAAAGAGAUAAUUCUUUUAGGUUAUAGAGCAACUGUCUGUAGGUCAUUGUAAAAGGAAUGCUUCAGUGCCUACCCUUCCUUCUGCAUUGCUGUCCCAAUCUCUUACCUGCUCUUCACUCACUGUUAGGCUGGAGCAGGUGGCUGCCUUUUGCCCUCUGAAUGACAGCAGCUGAUAUUUGUGGUUGGAGAGGGGGCACAUCUUAUGCUGGACUCAGUUCUCUCUCAGCCUGGCUUUGCCCACCUUGGAUCUCUAGCAGGGAAGCAGAAUUUUCCCCAGUGUGCUCUUUGCGUGAAAGUAUAGGUCUGAUCUUCUUUGGGUCCUAUUUUACCCUCUGCUGCCAGCUUCUGCAGCCGUUGGAGCCCUGAUGCUAGUCACCCAAACAGAUGACAAGUUUACUGCUGUGUCCUCAUUCAUCUUCAUCCUUCUUGAAGUUCACAGUUGAUGAAAUUUUUGGAAAAUUCUUUAUAAUUAAGAGUAAUUACCAGGGAAUUAAAACUGAAGGGUUGUUGUAGAUUUGGGGCUUUGGAUUCUAAAAGACAUGAAUUCAUACAUUCCUGUUUCUGCUUUUCCUUUCCUUGUGGUCUUGGAAAAAAAAUAUGUUCUUUUAAAUUGCAGUGUUAUCUGUAAAAUUAGCCUGCUUUCGUUGUUGACAGACAGAUUACAUGAACCAAUUGAACAAAGAGCUUAGCAUAGUGCUUUAAUCAAUUUACUCCCAUGUUCUUCAGCCUCAAGUUAUUUAUUUUUAAAAUGGGCAUAAUAACACAUAACAUAAUGUAACAUGGAGAUGUUGAAAGAACUUUGUGUGUGCACGCACCUGUGUGUGUAUGCAGAGAAAAUAUCUGAACUAGAUACAUUAGACAGUAAACUGUGGAUGGGCUUGGGAGUGUGUUUCUUUACUAUUGCUGUACUUAUUUGGGGGCUUAAAACAACACCUGUGUAUUAUUUCAUGGUUUCUGUGGCUCAGGAAUCUGGGCAGGCAUACUGAAUUCUCUGCCCAGAAUCUCCUAAGGCUGAUAUCGGGGUGUCAGCCGGGUGUGUGAUCUCAUCUAGGGCUUGCGGAGGGGGUCCUCUUCCAAGCUCCUGUGGUUGCUGGCAUAAUUCAUUUCCUUGCAGCUGUGGAGCUCAUGGCAACUUGCUUCCUCACGGCCAGCCAGUGUCUCUCUCUGAUCCCUCUUUAAGGAGCUCUCCUGCUUAGAUCAGGCCUACCACGAUAAUUUCCUUUUCGAUUAACUAAUUAGGGGCCUUAAUUAUAUCCUCGUAGUCCCUUGACCUUUGCCGUAUAACGUGGUUUAAUCAUAGGAGUGCUAUCCCAACACAUUCACGGGUCCUUCCUGCACUCAAGGGUUGAGCGCCCUAGUGUUUGUGCUCAGAGCCAGGAAUCUUGGGGGCCAUCGCAGAAUUCUGCCUACCACAGAGUGAGCAUGGGCUAGGAAGGACGUAGGUUUCUUAGUUCAUAUAGUUCUGUAUUUAAACUUUUUUUUUUUUUUUUGAGACGGAGUCUCCUCUGUCGCCCAGGCUGGAGUGCAGUGGCGCAAUCUCGGCUCACUGUAAGCUCCGCCUCGCAGGUUCAUGCCAUUCUCCUGCCUCAGCCUCUCCAAGUAGCUGGGACUACAGGCGCCCGCCACCACGCCCGGCUAAUUUUUUUGUAUUUUUAGUAGAGACAGGGUUUCACCGUGGUCUCUUAUCUCCUGACCUCGUGAUCCGCCCGCCUCGACCUCCCAAAGUGCUGGGAUUACAAGUGUGAGCCACCGCGCCCGGCCCUAAACUUUUUAAAAAUAGUAUAAUACAUAAAAGUUAAAAUAGUUCUUUUUAUUUUACUUGGUAUGAGAUUCCCCUAGAAUUCUCAAAUGAAAAUUACAAGACAUAAUUCUGGAAGGAAUUUUAGCUAAUGUAUACUUAGUCACAAUAGCCGUUCUCAAACACUUAGUGUCAGGAGUGGACAAUCAGAAAUAAAGCAAAUGGUCUAGGCUCGUGACCUUAUUUAGCCGUGGGGCAGGGAUUGGGGCCAGCCAAAGGCCCAGGGGUGUCCAGUGGUUGCAUGGCGGCACCUGUGCUGAGAGCUGGACGAGCUGUCCACUUCAUCCCUUCCCCUGUGCCCACAGCUUUUGCUUUUCUGAGUGUAAAAUUGCGCAGAUCUACUUUAUUAAGAAUAUUUAUUUUAAUUGGAUCGUGUCAAGUUGAUGAAGGAUUUUUCUUUAGUUACCAGUGGAAGAUGAACAUUUAGUAAGCAUGUGAACAUAAAUUUGGAUACCAUCGUUUGAAAUCAGAACCAUAAGCAUGUAACGCUUUUCCAUUAUUAUUGAUUAAAAUAGGGGGCUUCUUUUCUGUCUCACCUUUUCAGUUAAACCCUCAUUCUCCCCUUGGUAAUAUAUGGGAUUCAGGUGUCAGUCUGUUGCAGCCAGAGAGACCUGCAGGACUUAGAAAUCAGACUGAUUACAGUUCUGAUGUUCCUCUUUAAAACAAGCCAUGUGCAGGCUGGGCGCAGUGGCUCACGCCUGUAAUCCCAGCACUUUGGGAGGCCGAGGCGGGCGGAUCACCAGGUCAGGAGAUCGAGACCACGGUGAAACCCCGUCUCUACUAAAAAUACAAAAAAAUUAGCCGGGCGUGGUGGCGGGCGCCUGUAGUCCCAGCUACUUGGAGAGGCUGAGGCAGGAGAAUUGCUUGAACCCGGGAUGCGGAGCUUGCAGUGAGCCGAGAUUGCGCCACUGCACUCCAGCCUGGGCGACAGAGCGAGACUCCGUCUCAAAAAAAAAAAAAAUAAAUAAAAAAUAAAACAAGCCAUGUGCUAACAAACAAACCACCAAAAAGGUGGUCACUUUUUAGAAUUUUGCUUAAAAAUUUCCAGUAAAAAGACAUUUUAAACUUUCAGUUUCUUUGUAUUUUGAUUUUAUUGAAGGAAAUAAAGUUAAAAAAAUCAUUUCAAGUGAUACUUUGGUUGGUAUCUGUUAAUAGUGCUGUUGAGGAUAGUUAACACAUGGUAGUUUAGUAUGUUUCUCAUUGUAUUAUAUAAAACCAUAUAUAGAAGUUUAUAGAGUAUAGACUAUGUAUAACAGACUAAUAGUGUCACAUUAUAUAAGCAAAAGCCUAAGACUUUGUGCCGCGCAGCACAGUAGCCACUAGCUACGUGUAGGUAUUGUGCACUCAAAAGCUGGCUAGUAAUUAAGGGACUGAAUUGUACAUUUAUUUUAUUUUAACAAAUUUUAGAAUUCUAAAUAGCUACAUUUGGCAGUCAUGUUGGCUCAUAUUGGACAGCACAGAUUAUAGAACCUUUUUUUUAUUUUUUGGUAACAGCAAGUUCUUUAGAACUGUGCUGGUGUACGCAUAUGUAGUUUAUAAGUUCCUAUCAUGAAGCAGGAACUGUUAAUAAAUGAUCUUUGACAGCCCUUCUGAUUCUCAAAUUCUGUGCCAUAUUGUUUGCUAUAAAUUACUUUUUAAUGCAUUUUAAUAGCAUAUGUAGGGUUAUUUUACUUGUGAGUUUCUAAGCUGCUCAUCUUCUGCAUGUCUUUUACUGCUAUGCAAUGAAAAACAUUUUUGAUUAUUGGUUUAAAAAGAACUUAGUUUUUAAGCAUCACAGAAUUUCCAUAUCAGAUGGGAGUUGGAGGCAAAUUAAAUAAAUAAAAGAAAAUUCUAUAUUAGUUUGCUUUUUAGCCCUCCAAACCCUUCCUGCUCUCAGGAGAACUGAGACUUGAUUUGUUUGUCUUGAAAGAUGGCACCCACAGGCAACGCCCCCACUGUGUCCCUGCCCCCCACUUAUUUUUGGUUCAGUUUGAUUUACCAAUUUAUCUCAAUAUUUACCAAAUUUAUUUAAAAAUUUCCUCAAAGACAUUUAUUGGCAUAUAUCAUUCUGAUUGUGGGUUUUCCUUCUUCAAAACCUCUUGAUUGUUCAGGUUAGAUUUUAUGUGACCUGAAUAGAAGUUCUCUCUUUGUCUGAAAACUUUUUCCUUGUGGAACGUUUUUCUACAACAUUUUGCUAGGCUAAUUUAGGUGUGAUUUCCCAAAGGGCACCUGACUUGAAAACAUUUAUUCAUUCAGGUCUGACAAUGCCCAAGAUUUUAGGAGAGAGAAAGAAAGAGACUAGGGAAGGAAUGAAGUGAAAACUGUAGUUUAGUUUUGGAUUUUGAGUUUUUACUAUUUAUAUUUCAUUUAUAUCUGUGUACAUUUUAUUUUUUCAAUAGUCUGAAUAAAGAUGUGCAAUUUAAACAAGUUCAGAUUGCCUACAGUUCAGGAUUUUUAAAACAUGUAGAUUAUUUUGGGAGCUUUCUCUUUAUAAACCUUGUAAUAACAAAACCACGUGAGUACCAGAAUCAUUUCUCCUACUUAGUUUCUUGCAAGGGAAGCAUUAUUGACUCUUCUUUUUGCAGCAAACCAACAUUUACAACACACUGAAUGAUAAAUAAGAAAUAAUCUUGUUUGGUUAAUGUACCUGAAAAGCUAAUUGUGUGGAGGUAAAGAGGAAACUGUUGUAAUUUUAAGAUUGGAGGGGAAGAGAAAGGUUAAAUUGUUCCUUGAAAACAUAACACAGAACCAAAAACCCCCACAUGUAUUCUCUGACAUCUUCACACAAGACAUUUUAUAUUAAUGAAAUUCAGAUAAUUAAAAAUCCAAGUGUAGGCAUAGAAAAAUCUUUACUUUUUCUUAGAUACUGGCAGAGUUGUUUUAACUCAGUGAGAAGCAUCACAUGGAACAACAGAAUUUAUUAGCUGUUUGUUAAAUUUAACAAUUUGUUAAAUUGUUUUAGCUGCUACUAAAAUAUAUGCUUUCACUUAUCAGAACUUACUUUCAAGUUCCAUUACAUCCUUCACAUGCAGUAUAUGAACUUUACAGCAGCGCACACUGUCUCUCCCUUCUCUGCCUUUUUGCUGCUGUUGUCAUACAUUUAGUAUCUCAAUAUUUUAUAAACACCACUACACAUAUUUAUUUUAUCUACCAUUUGAUGGCCAUUUGGGUUCUUUCUACUUUUUGGCUGUUUUGAAUAGUUCUGCCAGGAACAGUCAUGUGUAGGUCUUUCUGUAGACAUAUUUUCAGUUCUCUUCAGUAGAUACUUAGAAGUGGAAUCUGCUGGGGGCAUAUGAUUUCUGUGUAACAUUUGAAAAAACUGCCUUACUGUUUUCCAAAUGACUGAACCAUUUUACAUUCUUACAGGCGGUGUUCCUCUCUACACCUCACCAGCACUUAUCUUUUGUCUUUUGCGUCGUGGCCAUUUUUGUGGAUGUGACUGGGGUUUUAAUUUGCAUUUCCCUAGUAAUCAAUGAUGUUGUGCAUCUUUUAAUGUGUGCAUUGGCCAUUUAUACACACUUUUUGGUGAAAUGUCUAUUCAAAUAUUUUGCCCAUUUUAAAAUCAGAUGAAUUUUGUCAUCUUGAGUUUUAAGGGUUCUUUAUAUAUCAUGGAUAUGCAUCUUUUAUCAUAUAUAUUGUUUGCAGAUAUUUUCUCACAGGCUGGCUUAUCUUUUCACUUGCUUAAAGGUGUCUUUUGAAGAAAAAAAUGCCUUUAAUUUUGCUGAAGUCCAACUUUACCAUUUUAAAAAAUCACUUGUGCUUUUGGUGUGAAAUUGCCUCAUUUUUGAAAGACAUUUUUUUUCCACUGGGUAUAGAAUUUUAGUUUGAAUGUAUUUUUUUUUCUUUUUUUUUUUUUUUUUUUUUUUUCAGUUCUUUAAAGAUACUGGUCCACUGUCUUCUGGCUUUCGUUGUUUUGGCAAGAAGUCUUUUUAAUUUUAUUGUUCUUCAUGUAAUGUGUUUUUUCUGACUCCUUUUAAGAUUUUUCUCCUCUUUCCUCUAUCUUUCCACGCCACCACAGUGGUGCAUGUCACGAGCGUCCAUGUGAAGAGACCACCAAACAGGCUUUACGUGAACAGUAAAGCUUUUUAUUUCACCUGGGUGCAGGGGGGCUGAGUCCGAAAAGAGAGUCAGCAAAGGGUGAUGGGAUUAUCAUUAGUUCUUCUAGGUUUGGGAUAGGCGGUGGAGUUAGGAGCAAUUUUUUUGUGGGCAGGGGGAGGAUCUUACAAAGUAUGUUCUCAAGCAUGGGGAGAAUAUUGCAAAGUACCUUCUUAAGGGCGGGGAAGGAUAUUACAAAGUACCUUCUCAAGGGUGGAGAGGGUGUAUCGCACAAAGUGCAUUCACAAGGGCGGGGGAAUAUCAUAAAGUACAUUAGCACAAGGACUGGGAGGGUGUAUUGUCACAAAGUCAAUUGAUCAGUUAGGGUGGGGCAGGAACAAAUCACAAUGGUGGAAUGUCAUCAGUUAAGGCAGGAACUGGCUAUUUUCACUUUGUGAAUCUUCAGUUGCUUCAGGCCAUCUGGAUGUAUAUGUGCAGGUCACAGGGAAUGUGACGGCUUAGCUUGGGCUCAGAGGCCUGACAGUGCACAUGGAUGUCCUGGCUGACGCUCUCAAGAGCAUCAACAAUGCCAGAAAGAGAGGCAAACGCCAGGUGCUUUUUAAGCCGUGCUCCAAAGUCAUUGCCCAGUUUCUCACUGUGAUGGUGAAGCAUGAUUCCAUUGGCAAAUUUGAAAUCAUUGAUGAUCACAGAGCUGGGAAAAUUGUUGUGAACCUCACAGGCAGGCUAAACAAGUGUGGAGUGAUCAGCCUCAGAUUUGAUGUGCAACUCAAAGAUCUAGAAAAAUGGCAGAAUAAUCUGCUUCCAUCCUGCCAGUUUGGUUUCAUUGCACUGACAACCUCAGCUGGCAUCAUGGACCAUGAAGAAGCAAGGUGAAAACACACAGCAGGGAAAAUCCUGGGAUUCUUUUUCUAGCGAUGUAAUACAUAUUUACAAAAAAAAAAAGAAGAUUUUUCUCUCUCCUUGGUUUUAAGAAAUUUAAUUAUGAUGGGACUGGUGUGGUUUUCUUUGUGUGUCUUUUGGUUGUGUUUUUCGACCUUUCAUAUCUGUAGAUUUACAGUUUUUAUCAAAUUUGGAAAAAAUUCAAGUCAUUUUUUUCUUCAGAUAUUUGUCCUGUCUCCCCCGCCCCGCCUUUUUUUUUUAACAGCAUCUCUAACUAAAUAUAUAUAUCAGACCCCUGAAGUCUCUUUGUCUUUGUGUUUUAUUUUUCCAUUGUGGGCUGUGUCUUCGAUUUCAGGCUUAUUAGUCUUCAUUUAAAAAUUACCAUUAAAUCUGUCCAGUGAAAAAGUGAAAACGUAUUUUUUACAUGCAUCAUUAAAGUUUAUAUCUUUAGAAGUUCAAUUUGGGUUAUUUGAUUUAGUUUCCAUAUCUCUACCUUAAGAUGCACAUUUUUUCUACAUUUUUUGAACAUAUGGAAUAUAGUUACACUAAUAUUGUUGACUUUCAGUUCCAUCAUCUUUGUUUUUCUGCGUACAUUUCAAUCGAUUGAUUUUUCUCUUCAUUUGGGGUCUUUUGUUUUUGUUUGCUUCUUUGCUUUCUGGUAAUUUUUAUUGUGUGCCAGACAUUGUGAAUUUUACCUUGUUGAUGACUGGGUAUCUUUUUUUUAUUCCUAUAAACAUCCUUGAACUUUAGUCUAGGACCCAGGCAUAGUACUUGGAAACAGCUUGAUCCUUUUGGGUCUUACUAUCUUACUUUAAGCUUUGGGAGGUGGAACAGGGUGAGCAGGGUCUGCACUGAUUCUUCCCACUUUUCAGGCAGAUUCCUUCCAAGGACUCUGUGCGGUUUUCCCUCUCUGGCUGGUGGGAGCAGGAACUCUUCUGUGUGAGCCCUGAGGAUCCUUCUUCUAAUCCUUUUGGGUGCUUCUUUCCCCAUCCUCACAUGGUUUCUUCACACACACAGGCUGAAUGUGACUCUGCCAAGUAUGGGAGGGAAGACUGCCAAUACCAGGAGCGUUCUUGUUGGGUGGCUUUCCCUGUCUCUCACGCUUCCCUGAAAACACCAACCUCUUACUGACCUCUGAUUCCCAGCUCCAUUUCCAGACUACCUGGUUUCUGCUCCCGGCACCUUGGCCUGGAAGUGUGUUCCAGGCAGUUUGCUGGGGCAGUCAGAGGGUUCACCUGGUUUGUUUCCCGUCUCUCAGGAACCAAGAUCCUUGUUGAUGAUCAGUGUUUUGAAAAUGAUUGCACCACAUAUCUUGUCCAGAUUUUUAUUUUUAUUUUUUUAAGGGGGAAAGUAAAUGCCGUCCCUGUGACAGGAAUGAAUAUUAGGAGAAUAGAAUCUAACAAAAGGGAAAAAGGAUUUUGAUUUCUUCAUAGCUGUUAUGGACAGAAUUUGUAUAUCUUCCUUGAAUUUUGUUGAAUAAACAUAGUGCUAGACAUCAUUUGUGUGUAGUUUUUAAGUAAAGAAAUAUGGAAGUCCCUUUAUACAGUGUAGAAUCCAUCUCAUCACCAUGAAAACCUUUGUUCUUGUGUGAUAUAAAUUAUUAGGAACUGUUUUGUGUUGUUAUGCAGAAGUUAUUUUUAGUAUAUUGUUUUGUUAGGUGGGUCUUAAAAUCUCAUUUAGUUUCAUGGUAGAAUAUCUUUGUUAGUAUGAUUCAAAAGAGAAUAUAAUUUGGGGUUUUAUUAGUGUAAAAAGAAUUACCAUAAACUUUACUUUCCAGUAGACUAUAUUUAAAUGUGAUAUAUUACUUUUUCUAGCCACAUACUCUUUUAGCCUUCAUUAUAGCAGAAUCAAAGUAUGUUAUUCCAUUUGUUCCAAAUUUCUCUCCAUUUUCUAUCCAGAUGGCUGCUGACUCAAAUGUAUAUGAUAAUACAUUUACAUUUUUUCAGUUAAGGCUGAUAAAUCCAUUUUAACCCUAUUGAAUUGCUUAAUGAAUAAAAGAUUUAAAUGUGUCGUCAGUGCUUAUGUUUCUGUAAAGUGAAAUAUCCUGAAAGCACUAGUAGUGUUGAUAAAGUUUCCAGGUU